AAUCAAUUGACACUUCAUAAAUUUUUUUCCUUUUUCUUCCUGCAAGCAUGUGUAAACCUGUGCUUUAUUGUUUAUUAACUCUUUAAAUGUGCUAUUAUUAGUAGUAGGAGUAGUGGUAGUAAUAUUGGUGCUUGUAAACUUGUAAAGAAAAGGAGGAAUUGUCUUAACUCAAUUAUUAUUGUAUAAUUAUUAGUUGUUAGUAUUAGCUGCUUUUGUUGUUCUUGUAGAAGUAGUGUGUGUGUAAAAUCAAUUGGCCGCGAAUAAAUGGAUGAGAGCUUUAUUUUGAAAUCAAAAACCGGAAGUUUGGGGUUGUUAGCUAUUGACGCUAGAAGUCUCAAACUGCUGGAAAAGACGAGUCACUUCACAUUUUUAACCUCACAUUUCAUGUCCAGUGUGUUACAUUUUUUUAAACAGCUGUUGACGAGUGUUUAGUUAGUCUAAAUAUUCGGUUUAUUCGGCAUUUUUAAAGUGAAAUAUCGGACAUUUUCCUGAUCUCUCUGGGUGUGUUUUUAAAAAAUGUUGACUCCGCCCACGCAUUCCUGAGUGUCUGUGUUUGAGAGGAGGAAGAAAGAAAGAAAAGCAAAGCAAAGAGAGGAGAGUGGAAAGUGUCUGUGUGGACACUGAAGCAGAGAGGAGGAGAUGAUCAACAACAGCAAUAAUAACAUUAACUCUGAGUCUGAAUUCUGCUGCUGCUCUGUCACACGUUUAUUCUGAAAACAAACAGCUGGGACUUAUUUUUUUCCUUCCCUCUUUCCCGUCCUUCACUCAGAGAAGUUGCUGGAAACUUUUUGGAGCUGGAGCUGGGUUUCCAGUUUGACUAAAGCACCAUCACCACUUCUUCUUCUGCUGCUGCUGCUGCUGGAGGAGAAAAACAACAAGAAGAAGGAGAGGAAGAAGCAUGGAGAUGAUGGACAGUGGUGAAGCGUUCCUUCACUGGGACAGAAACCUCAGUGAACUGUCUGAGGCUGGAGAGAUUGACUCAGUGCUCUACCCCAAUCAUUUCUCCGAGCUCCUCGAUGACCUCUCCCAGGACGCUCUGCUGGGUCAGCUGCUCAGCGACCCCUUCCUGUCCGGCGUGAGGGACGGCGUGGAGGCCAUGGAGGGCGAGGAGGACGGAGACGACCUGUCCCCGUCCUCCCCUCUGCCCCCUCACAUCACGGCCGAGCACAGCUACUCGCUGUGCGGCGACAGCCGACCACAGUCGCCCCUGUCGCACCUGACCGGAGAACACGGCAGUGAAGCAGAGUCUGACGGCGAGUGGCCGAUGGAGCAGGACGACACCAUCGACAGCCUCCUGUGUGAGACUCCCUCACUGCUCCCCAGCCUCGCUCUCUCUCUGGCCUCACACAACAGGCCCCAAGCAGCCAAAGUCGCAACUGUGGCCCCUGCUGCUGCUGCUCCUCCUGCUCCUCCUGCUGUUGCACCUGCAGCUGCUGCUGCUGUUCCUCCUCCUGCUGCUCCUCCUGCUGCUGCUCAGAGCAUCGUCAGCAGCAGCAACAACCAGAGCAAAGGCAUAAAGAUUAAAGAGGAGAAUCUCAUCCCUCAGAUUAAACUGGAGCCACAUGAAGUCGAUCAGUUCCUCAAUUUUUCGCCCAAAGGUCUGGAGUCUCUGCAGAUGCCUCCCACUCCUCCCAGUUCCCACGGCAGCGACUCGGAGGGCAGCCAGAGUCCCGUCCACGCCCCGCUCACUCUCUCAUGCCCCACCUCCCCCACCAGCCCUUCUCCUUCCCAGAAGGUGGCGCCGCGCUCCGGCUCCUCCUCCCUGUCCAACUCCCCUCUGCUCACCGCUCCCCAUAAGCUGCAGGGUUCUGGACCGCUGAUUCUCACCGAGGAGGAGCGCCGCACGCUGGUGGCCGAGGGUUACCCCGUCCCCACCAAACUGCCGCUCACCAAAGCCGAGGAGAAGGCGCUGAAGAAGAUCCGCAGGAAAAUCAAGAACAAGAUUUCAGCUCAGGAGAGUCGCAGGAAGAAGAAAGAGUACAUGGACACUCUGGAGAAGAAGGUGGAGAACUGCUCCAACGAAAACGGCGAACUGCGCAUGAAAGUGGAAUCUCUGGAGAGCACAAACAAGUCUCUGCUGCAGCAGUUGCAGUCUCUUCAGGCGUUGGUGGCAGGAAAAGUCCACAAGUCCUGCAGAGUGGCAGGAACCCAGACGUCAUCGUGCUUAAUGGUGGUGGUGUUGUGCUUUGCGCUGUUUCUGGGCAGUUUUUAUCCCUCCAGUCUGAGUCCGUGCUCCACACUCACUGAAACGGGCCUCGCGUCCAAACAGCUGUCUGUCAAAGAGUCAUACACAGCGACAGUGAAGUCGAGAAACCUCCUUUCCACCUUCGAGGAUGAGCAGCCACACCUGCUCGGUCUCGGCGGCGAAUAUCCCGACCAGUGGGAGGACACGCCCGCCGUCGUCAUGGCGGCGUGGCGUCACUCGGAGCAACAGAAGCUGGGGGCGGAGCCAGACAGGGUGGAGACACACCCACCUUUCCGGAGUAAAAGCAAUCACACGCAAACGCCAGAGAACCUGCUUCUCGACCUGCACAGGUCUGUGGACCCGUGGACGAACCAGAGCAGCAGUAAAGUGAUAGAGCUGGAGAGGACGGUCAACGAAACCUCGUGAGGUUUGACAUCAACGUCCCCCUCAACCCCUCCCACCUCCUUCCUCCUCCUAAUUUGGAGCAUGGUUCAGUGUCCUGGACAAACCCUCGUCCUCCUUGUCCUCCUACAGUUUGUUUAAGAUCAUCACAUACACUGUAACAAUAAUAAUAAUAAUUAUAAUAAUGAUAAUAGGAUAAAGAAUAUGAGGGAGAAAAAGCACUGGUUGCUUUUAUGUCUGAAGUAAAAGUUGCACUGACUCUCGUCUUUAGUCGUAUUUGACCCGGCGUGAAAAAAGAAACACUGCUUCAAAGAAUUGGCGUUCAUUCCGAUGCAAAGUGUCUUAAAAUAUGAAAAGUGAGGCUUUUUACAGGACACUGACGACGACCUCUGUAUUUAUAGAUUCUCUUUUUGUAGUUUGUGCGUCUUUUAAUAUUAAAUAUUUUCUAAUUCUGUUCCAGUAAUGCGUAUAUUACAUUUUGAUACUUUUGUUUUGUGUACAUACUGUUUUUAUUUUUUUUAUUUUUAUUAUCGUGCUCAUAUUUGUUCCCGCGCUCGUUUAGAAAAGUUCCCUGAAAAUGAAUAUUUGAUGUUGUUUAAAAAGGGAAAGAAUGAGAGAAAAGUGUUACGAUGCAGGAGACGAUCAAAUAUCAUUUCACGUACGCGCCGACGCGCCUGUAAACAUCCACGUGUGUCGAGCGUUUACUCUGAAACUGUUGAUUUUUUUUGAUUAUUUAUUACAAAAAAACACGCUCAGAUUUGAUGUGUUAGGACUCCAUCUUGUGAGAUUUUAUCUCUGGAAUGAUAAAUAAGGAAAUUAGGGGACAAUAUAUUAGUUUAUUUAUGUAAAUUUGGUUUUUAGCUAAAAAAUAUGCAUUUGACUGAUAAUCAUUACAAAAUUGUUAGGUAAAAAAAUUGCGAAUUAGUAGAAAACUGUUAUAUAUUCCUCACAAAAUUGUGUCAGACAUUUCCGAUGUUUUAUUGUCGCAAUUGUCCACUCGGCGCCUCCGACGCUAUCGCGAAACAUUAUCACACGACGUCAUUGUUGCCUUCUUCUAAGCAUGGCUGCAGGCCAACCUGUGCUCACGCUGCCCUCUGCUGGACAACUUUGUCUGAACUGAAUGAUGGAUGACGAGUCGGCGGUCAAAAAAGUCGCCAUAAUUGUUACAAAAUUGCGAGAAAUUUUCAUCAUUAUGUAAAAAAUGCCGAUUAUCGCUCCCUACGCGUUAUUUCGCGUCAAAUUUUUUCGAUGUCUUGGUGUCGCGAUCGUCCGCCUAGUAUCCUUCAUCAUCACCAAAAAUCAACAUCAUGUUUCACUAUUGUCUGCUUUUCAUGAUGACGUUCUCACAGCGCCCUCUGCUGGACGACUUUGUAAUUACUUAACUACUACUACUGUUUCGCUUCUAGUCCGCGCUCAAAUUAGACGAGUUUUUUAAGGUUGUCCGAUUUGUCGUCUCGAUAAUCAAUGACUCGUCGACCGUUAAAAGAAGUCGUAGUUGUAAUAAUUGUUCCAAAAUUGUAGAAAAAAAAGGAAAAGAAAUAUUAGGGCGGACCA